CCUUUCCGACUUGCUAUCACUCACGGACGCCUGUUUAGGCACCGGUAAACCACUGCAUGCCAAGCUACUGCUAAAUCUGUGGAAGUCGAUAAUUUCACAAUGAAAACGCUAAAUUUCUCAUACCUUUCCAAAGAUAUGUGUGAGUUUUCUGAUUUCUGAUGUUUACAUUGAAUCCAGCUGAUAGUUUGAGUGUAUGUGUAUGUUAUAAACAAAUUUUGAAAACAAUGUCGUACUUUGUGAUACAUAAAACCGUGUGUGGUUUAAUACAGUUACCUCCUCGGUGAGUUUUAAAUGUGACAGCUGCAAUUUCGCCCUUUUGUGACACCAGUGAUGGACGAUGUUUAUGCCGUGUGUGACUGAAAUAUAAGCCUAUUUAUUUGUGAAAAUGCGUGAAGAAUCGGGGCAAACGCCGAAACCGGGCGAGAGAGCGUUGGCAGUUAUGAAGUUUGUGGAAGAUGUUGCAAUUUUUAAAAGGCCAGACACACCAAAAAUAAAACGGAAGGCGAAAAAAGUGUUGGAUGAAGAUUCAUAUAUACAGGAGAUGGGCAAAAUAAUCCAGCGAGACUUUUUCCCAGAUCUGGAAAAACUGAAAGCCCAGAAUGAGUAUCUAGAUGCUGUGGAGAAAAAUGACAUUGAGAAGUUACGGGAGCUUUAUUCAAAGUAUAGUAGUGGAAAACGCCCACCAACAGAGAGAUAUGCUAGCCCUGCUACGUUUGAAACUCCUCUUGACGUUCGGAGGGAGGAUGACCCUGCAGGUUCUGCAACACCUAAACAAACAGCAAAAGAUAUCCAUGGCAAUGAUAGGGCCUCUGAGGUGACAGAGAGUGCAUCCGAUGGCAGGAACAGUGACCCAGAAACAAAAAGCCUGGGUGAAGAAGAUGGGGGCUCUGUAAAACUGAGCUUAGAUCAGUACCUGAACUCUCACACCAGUGAGGACAACCAGAGCUUUCAGGAGAUCAUGGAAGCGGCAGAAGUAAAGCAUAGACAGAAGUAUUCGUGGUUAUACGCAAAAGAAGACAAUUCUGAUAAGGAUAAGAACAAAAGGCUUACACUACCAUCAAUAGAACAACAAGCAGCUGGCACAGAAAGGCCACUUAUGAUUGACACUUGGGGAUACACUAACAAGAAUUACAUAAUGUAUGUUCCAGAUGGGGUGGCUCUGACACCAGAGGAGGAGGUGGAACGAGCUCGGAGGAAGCAGGAGGUGGUACACCAGAACACUCGCCUUGCCAAGAACCCAUUUGAUGAGCAACACAGCAAAGAAGUUAUCCACCAACUGGCUCAGAGCCAGGCCCAAGCAUUGGAGGGCAAGAUUGGUGUGGAUGGUAAAGAACUCACACAGACCAGUGCUACACCCACAAUACGAGGCUUCUCCUUUGUGAAAACUCCUUCUCCAGCUCCUGGUGUGAAUGAGUCUCCACUGAUGACAUGGGGUGAGAUUGAGGGAACACCAUUUCGCCUGGAUGGUGGGGACACUCCGGUUAGACCAAACACAGGCCCAAGUUUCCGCAUGCCAGAACCACCAAAAAGAGAAAAACUUGCUCUCGCCUUGGCAGAACGUGCGGGCGAGAGGCUUCGUGACCGCAAAACUCGUGCUAUUGCUACUGCAUAUCAACAGUUGUCCACGCCAUCCCCAAGACCCGGUUCUGGAACUUUAGAACGCCUCAGUUCAAUGUCACCUGCUGCAAGGCGACUUGCAACAGCUCAGCUACGAACAUCUGACCGUGCUCUGCAGGCAUCCUACAGCCCCAGCCCCAGACGCUGCACAGGUGGAACAAGCAAUGGCAACACCCCCACCCCCGUCACUCCAGGCACACCUCGGUCUGCAGCGCCAGGGUCAACGCGAGCUGCUGUCUCGGCAGGGAUUCGCAGGCAUCCGACACCGGGCCGGAAUCUCACAGAUAACUUGCUGUGCCUGCCUAAACGGGCACGGGCAUCAGAUUUCUUUUGAGCUCACUUUCCAUUUUUGUAAAUGACUGGAAUAUGAAGAGUUACACAGGUGCUAGAGCUGUGAACUGACAGAGUUUCUAAUUUUUUUUAUAAUAACCACAGACUUUUUGUAUAACCUUUGAACCUCUGGUUUUCUGUUUGGUGAUUCCUGCUGCUGCAUUUCACUGGAAAGCCAUAUAAUUAUACAUUGGGUUACUCUUCAUUGCAGAGUGUCACAGCAAGGAGUAUGAACUGGCCAAAUAUGGAAUAAAGAUGAAGCUUACACCAGCACGACAGUUAUUAUUUUAAAGCACAUACUGCUUGUCCUAUCCACUGACUCAAGUUGCCAAUGUGUAACUUUGUAGCAGUACAAAUUCAGUUUCUCAUGUUUAGCGACCACAUAUAAAAAAGUGAAUUAAAUAAUGGCUAUCCAUCUGUAGCAUAUUUCAGACCUCUGUGAAUCAGCCAUUAAAAGAAGACAAAUAAGUGGAUGGACAACAUAUGUACUUACUGCUGCUGUGUUUUGUGCUGACUGCUACUUAUAUACUAUUGUGUGGUUCAGUGUUCUAAGGAUAUGUUCAAACAGAUGUAAACAUGCCCUCACAUAUGUGUACAUCUUUAAGUACUGUAAAAUAAUUGCAAGACUAUUUUCUAAUAAUUUAGGAAGUCUUUUGUAAGUUGGUCAAAAACUUGUGGAAUAUCUAACUGCACACAUCGUGCUUGGAUUUCCAGCCAUGGUGAGGGGAGCAGGAAAUAGAAAUGGUAUACAAAUAUUUAAGAAAUUCCACGUGAUGAAAUUAAUGAUGUCAACAUUACACUUCACCAGAGGAGAUACAAACUGCAGUAGAAUCAGUGUUAGUAGAUCCCAGAUAGAUGGCAGCACUGUUGUCAACUUUCAACUACGAAGCACAAAUGGCUGUGGGCGAAAACAGUAGCCACCUGUAGAGCUGUGACAACACCGAGGCAUUGCCAUAGAGAUGUCUAUAGAAUCUCAUCAUGUGAUUGGCAGAGGCAGGCGCGUGAGCCUAGCCAACUGCAGCUGCCAGGGAUCAGCUAACACUGACUCAGCUAUAGGUUGUGGGGCUGAAAAUUAGGAGGAGGAUAUUUGUUUUGUGCCACUAAACGGCAUUAUAAAGAGCUCUAGGCCCAAAUGAAUGUAAAGACAAACAAGCCAAAACAUUCACCACAAUCUUCAGUAAGAUGCUUUGGUUCCUCACUGCAUUGAUGUUAUCAAAAUUGGGUGAGAGAGAGAAAAUGUGUGUGUGUCCAUCCUCGCCUGUGUCCGUCCUAAUCAAAUGAAAAGAAAUUAAAUUAAUUUCAAUGACAGUUGAAAUCAGCAGUGGUAAAGAGAUACAAUUCAAAAGAUAACACAAUUAGUGUGUUAUAAUUAAUAUGUAAUGGAAACUAUAUGAAGCCCCAUCUGUAACCUCUCUAGUUUUAAGUUGGAAAAAAAUAUUAAAUGACUACAAGUAAUCCCAUGCUGUGUUGAAUAUAUGAUACAUUUAAGUCAAAAAGGUCAAUUUGUGGAUAUUACUGACAAUUGGGAAAACUAAGAAAGAGAAACCCAAUCGUAGGUGCAAGUAUUUUUCAGUGUACACUAAAAAAAAUUGGAAUAAAUCUUUAUAAAUUAAU